AUCAGCUUCACCUGCUGAUCAACUGGUGGGCAGGUGUGACUUCAAGUUGACACUUAAUUCCUGCCAGCAACGCAAUGAAAAUCCCUUACACUAUCAGCCAGAACGCGAUCGAGGCCUACGGGCCCUCCAGCGAAACUACUGAGCUGAUAAGCGAAGCAGCGCGAAGAAUCCUGGCCGAAGACUUCAAGUGGGACAAACAGCGUUGCCCCAGCUUGCAGGAGCUCUGCCUGCGGGCCCUUGCAAAACAUUUCAAGAAGACGCCCCUGCUUAAGCAGCUGCCUUGCCAGAACCGCAUUUUCCUUCUGGACAUCCUUUCGCUCCAGCUGCCUUUGGAGCUGACAAUCCCUGUUAUCCAUGAGGAGCGUUAUUGGGAGCGCCGCUACACGAAGGUAUUCAAGUACACGUUGCGCCGCAAGCCGGAGGGCUGGACCUGGAAAGGGCUGUACUUGGAGCGCCACUGCCAGCAGCUGAUGGAGCAGGCGCAGCCCCAGUACAACGACGAAGAAGCCAUGGACGAAAUCCUCACGCUGUGCAGCCCCUACGUCUCCCGACUGUUUAUCGAGCAACUGCAGUCCUGGAAACCGCCGCUGACAAUGAAAAAAGAAGACAUUCCAGAAGUCUGGCCUAUCGACCACAUCAACCUGCUGCCAGUCUUCAAGAAGCUCAACAAAAUCCAGGAACUGGACAUAAUCUUCGGAGUAAAAAACGCGGGGGAAGACUUUAGGUUUGAGAUGUUCAAACUGUCCCUACAAGACGGCCAACGGCUGGGAAAGGCUGUGCAGGAGCUGCCCAAGAUCCAGAGCCUGCGAAUCCACCGCAGCAGCCUGGAGUUCGAGCACUGCCAAGCCUUAGUCCAGGGCCUGGUCAACAGCAAGUGGUCCAGCUUGGUGGAGCUAGAUCUCUCUCACUGCCUCAUCGGCAACCCUGGCGCCUUAUGCGUGGCCUUUCUGCUUCAGAAGUUUCCAGGCCUGAAAAUCCUCAACCUGACCAACAACGGCAUCGGCAAAAUCGGGACCGAAGGCCUGGGGUUUGCCCUUUUGCAAAACCCCGGCCUGCAGGAUCUCAACCUCCGACUGAAUCCUCUGGGGAUUGACGGCACAAUGGGCAUCCUCAGUGCCUUGGUGCGCAUCUCUUGGCCUCAGCGCCUCUCAAUGGCUGCGUGCAUGUUCGAUGAAGACACCGCGCUCAAAGUGGCUCAGAUGAUCAAGCUCAACGAUGCGCUGGAGCGGCUGGAUGUGAGCGCUAAUUAUUUUGGCGAGGCUGUUGGGGAGGCUCUGGUGGACGCUGUGGAGUCGAACAGCACCAUUCAGUGGCUGGAUGUGCGGGAAACCGAUAUUUCCCCCCAGCAGAAGGAGCAAGUUGAGGAGUGCUUGUUGCGGAAUAGAGAGGAAGCGUUGAAGCGCAAGCAGGCAGAAAUGGAGGGAAACAACCAGGAGCAGGAAGCGGAGACUUUUACUUUUGAAUAUGAGCAAUAAUGAGUGGUUUGCCUUGAAGGAGGCCUAGCAGUUUUGACAUGUAUUUCUGCCCGGUUAGGGAAAAUGUUAAUCAAAAUUUUUAACUCACAAUAAACCUUGUAUAAAUGAAA